GUUAAUGGAGCUGCAAAAGUAUAAAAGAAACUAUUGAGAGAGAAAGAGAGAGAGAGAGAGAGAUGUUAGUGUUACGGAACUACUGUUACAAGGAUGUUCUGCCAUUCUCGGCCAUGGUUGCUGUGGAGUGCACAAAUGUGGUCUUAAACGUCUUGUUCAUAGCAGCCACUUUGAAAGGGACGAGCAACUACGUCUUCAAUGCUUACUCUUAUGCCGUGUCCACUCUUGUUCUUCUCCCCUUUGCCUUCAUCUUUAUCCGAACGACUGGGCUUCCUCCAUUGAAGCUGUCUCUCCUCUACAGAAUUUUUCUCCUCGGAGUGCUUGGGUCUGUAGGUACGAUAUGUGGCUACAAAGGUAUAGAAUACAGCUCGGCCACUCUUGCUUCAGCCAUGAGCAACCUCACACCGGCUUUUACUUUCAUACUUGCCGUCAUUUUCAGGAUGGAAAAGCUAGAUUUGAGAAGCUCAAGUACUCGGGCUAAAAUCAUGGGCACCAUAGUGUCAAUAUCAGGUGCACUGGUAAUUGUUCUCUAUGAGGGCCCCAAAAUCAUAUCGACCUCAUCUCAACCACCAUCCCUUUCACAUCAUUUACAUCUGGGCUUAUCACAAACGAAUAGGGUCAUAGGUGGCCUUCUACUUGCUGUUGAGUACCUUCUAUUUUCAAUGUGGUACAUUGUUCAGACUCAAGUUAUGAAAAUAUAUCCAUCGGAGAUAGUUGUGGUCUUAUUGUGCCUGUUGUGUGGGACUGUUAUCUGUGCACCACUAUGUUUAAUUGCAGAAACAGACUUGAGCGCUUGGAGACUAAAGCCUGAUAUAGCAUUAGUUGCCAUUGUAUACUCGGGAUUUGCUUCAUCUUUCAGCAGUGUUGUCCACACUUGGGGACUGCACUUGAAGGGGCCUGUGUAUAUAUCACUCUUCAAGCCAUUGUCAAUUGCCAUUGCAGCUGCUAUGGGUGUCAUAUUCCUUGGUGAUGCUCUCUAUCUUGGGAGUGUUGUUGGAGCAUUAAUUAUAUCAAUUGGGUUUUAUGCUGCUAUAUGGGGAAUAGCAAAAGAAGAAGAAGAAGAGGAAGAAAUGAGUGAGGAUUGUGGCUUUGGUAGCUUGGAACCCUCAUCAAUUGAUAAGACCCCUUUGUUGCAAAGAUGUAAAGUUGAAGGUAUGUAGAAUAGAUGUAUGGAGAUGAAUGCUAGCUGGUGAAACAUUGUUCAGCACCUACUUGCAAUUCUAAGAAUACCUCAAGUGUAAUUUUAACUA